AGGGCCUUAGAUUAUCCAACAAGAAGUACUGCUAGUUCACUUCCAAACCUCAUCGUACUUCCACUUCACGAUUCGAGUCCAGACUCAGAAAUCAGAAUUAGCUAUACUUCCACCUCCCGGACCCUCAUGUUCCUUUUUUACCGAUUUCCCUCUAUUUCCGAAAUGCUUGUGCUGAUCGCAGAUUUGAAAUCACCAACUCCUUAACCGAUAAGCUCCAAUUUUCGCCAACCCAUUGCCAGUUAUAAGCUGUUUGACAAGAAAGCGAAAAUUGUGAUGGAUGAGGAGAUGAUUUUCUUGGACAAUAUUAUGCCAGUGGAGAUUGCACUUAAAAGGGAGCUAGAAUACAGGAGGAAGGUGGAGGCUUGGCGAAAGCAGCAGCAAAUUGAUCCUAAGAUUGAUACUUUGCAAUUGGAGGGGCCUCCUCCAAGUUUGGCAGGAACGAAGAGGAAAGCACCGCCUACUAGCUCUCAAGGUUCUUGCAGUAAACAAGCAUUCCAAAAACAACCUGCUGGCCUUGUUUGCAUGGUGUGCAAGGUGUCCUUCUCAAAUUUUUAUUAUCUCAAGAAGCAUUGUGAAAGUCAAACGCACAAAGAGAAAUUAUUACAGAUGAAAAAAUGGGGAACACCUUUAAGCAACCCUCUAAUGUGUGAGCUCUGUAAUGCCCGUUGCUCAAGUGAAGUUGUAUUAGAGGGUCACCUUAGUGGAACAAAACAUGCUACUGGCCUGAAAGAGCUUGAGAGUGCAAAACUGGGAAGAGAGGGAGAGGCUAAGCUGCAAAUUUUCAGUGAAAAGCACUGGAAUUGAAGAUGCAUUUUUGGAGAAAAGGUUAAGGCCUGGAAUUUUCAGAUGGCUAGACAAUGCUACUUGUAGAAGCCUACCUGAUCUUACAACUUUUCAGAGCACAUGGCACACCGCAUAAACCAUACCAUACCAUAUCUGUUCCUGCUCCUCUUACUGGAACGAUCCCUUCUCGGUGACUUCUGCUAGCUGUAGUCGUAGUGGAUACUUCACGGGAGUCUUGGAUAUUACCUAUAUGAUUACCUUGUGCUUCUUGUAAGCUAAUCACGAGCUUUUAAAAACAUUUCUGCCGGUCAGCAUGAACUGCGUGAACCAUGACCUAGGCUGAAGGAACAGUAGGCGUCUUAGUGCUGCACCAUGUACCCUUGUCUAAAUAAAGAGCCCUUCUAUUAUGUACUCUUAUGUUAAAAUUGUUUUCCUUUUAGUAGGUUCUUACAAGGAAACAUUGUGAAAUGUCUUCCAAGUUCUAGAUUGUGCUUGAUAUCAAAUUGUAAGAAGUAUUUCAAUUCGAGGAUAUGGACUAGUUUGGUUUAAGUUACUACUUAUAGAUGGUGUUCUUAACUGAUUAUAAUUGUAAGGAUGAUACUCUGAAUGCUCUAGAAAGUUUCGAAAGAAGUUUAUUUUUUAUUA